CGCGCCUCCACCCUCGGCCGCGCCGCCAGCCAGGCCCUCGGGAGCAGCGGGAGGAAAAUGAGGAGUUUUCAUCGGAAUCCGCUGGAAAGGGGACGCACUGCAGCGCCCUAGGAGGAAGGACCGCGGCAGGAGAAAGGAAAAGCCUCUCCGGGCGAGCCUUGGCGGGCGCCGCGCCGAGGGGCUGCCUCAGGGACCUCGCCCCCUCCUUUCCUCGCUGGAGAAGCCGCCUCUGAUGCGUUAUCCAAGCGGCGGCUGGGAGGAUUUGCAGCAGAAUUUUGGGUUUUCCCUCCCCCUUAUAUACAUUUUGGUUGUUUCAUCCCCUUUCUGUUUUCCUUCUUCCUGGGAAGUGAAUUGCUGAUGCACAUCGGACUUAAUUCAUUAGUGAUGCAACCGGAUUCGUUUCAGGAUUAUGUUGCACGAGUUGAAUUUUGAAUGAAGGAGAAGUUUUUUUUUUUUUUUUUAAGAAGUGUUGCCCCUGCUUCGUUGUACUUUUAAUUAUUAUUUUAUUUAAAUGUACGGCUUAAUUGUAUUAUUCUUUUAAAAUUAUUAAAUGUAUAUUUUAUGGUAACUUUCCCUUAAGAUAUAUGUAUAUGUGCGGCAUUGAAGACGCUUCAGUUAAGUGAGGUUACUGGUGUGUUGGAUGUUUAAUUCAGCACUGGCAUUGCAUGACUCUUGUCUGAAGAACAAGUGGUUUAUUUUUAAAACCACACCUUUUAAAAUUUCGAUUCAAACAACUAUAGUAAAAACCGUAGUCAUAAUUUAAAGGAACACCAGCAGAAAUUGAAGCAAACAUGUCUGGAGAAGUGCGUUUGAGGCAGUUGGAACAGUUUAUUUUGGAUGGGCCGGCUCAGACCAAUGGGCAGUGCUUCAGCGUGGAAACGUUAUUGGAUAUACUUAUCUGCCUUUAUGAUGAAUGCAAUAAUUCUCCAUUGAGAAGAGAGAAGAACAUUCUUGAAUACCUAGAAUGGGCAAAACCAUUUACUUCUAAAGUGAAACAAAUGCGAUUACAUAGAGAAGACUUUGAAAUACUAAAGGUGAUUGGCCGAGGAGCUUUUGGAGAGGUUGCUGUAGUGAAACUAAAAAAUGCAGAUAAAGUAUUUGCCAUGAAAAUAUUGAAUAAAUGGGAAAUGCUGAAAAGAGCUGAGACAGCAUGUUUUCGUGAAGAAAGAGAUGUAUUGGUGAAUGGAGAUAACAAAUGGAUUACAACUUUGCACUAUGCAUUCCAGGAUGAUAAUAACUUAUACCUGGUUAUGGAUUAUUAUGUUGGUGGAGAUUUGCUUACUCUGCUCAGCAAAUUUGAAGAUCGAUUGCCUGAAGAUAUGGCUCGAUUUUACUUGGCUGAGAUGGUGAUAGCAAUUGACUCGGUUCAUCAACUGCAUUAUGUUCACAGGGACAUCAAACCUGACAAUAUAUUGAUGGACAUGAAUGGACAUAUCCGUUUAGCAGAUUUUGGUUCCUGUCUGAAAUUAAUGGAAGAUGGAACGGUCCAAUCCUCAGUAGCUGUUGGAACUCCAGAUUAUAUUUCUCCUGAAAUCCUUCAAGCCAUGGAAGAUGGAAAAGGCAGAUACGGACCUGAGUGUGACUGGUGGUCUUUGGGGGUCUGUAUGUAUGAAAUGCUUUAUGGAGAAACACCGUUUUAUGCAGAAUCUCUUGUGGAGACUUAUGGAAAAAUCAUGAAUCACAAAGAGAGGUUUCAGUUUCCUGCUCAAGUGACUGAUGUGUCUGAAAAUGCUAAGGAUCUUAUUCGAAGACUUAUCUGUAGCAGAGAACAUCGACUUGGUCAAAAUGGAAUAGAAGACUUUAAGAAACACCCAUUUUUUUGUGGAAUUGAUUGGGAUAAUAUUCGAAACUGUGAAGCUCCUUAUAUUCCAGAAGUUAGUAGCCCAACAGAUACAUCGAAUUUUGAUGUGGAUGAUGAUUGUUUAAAGAAUUCUGAAACGAUGCCCCCACCAACACAUACUGCUUUUUCUGGCCACCAUCUGCCAUUUGUUGGUUUUACAUAUACUAGUAGUUGUGUCCUUUCUGAUCGGAGCUGUUUAAGAGUUACAGCUGGUCCCACUUCGGUGGAUCUUGAUGUUAAUGUUCAGAGGACUCUGGAUAACAACUUAGCAACUGAAGCUUAUGAAAGAAGAAUUAAGCGCCUUGAACAGGAGAAACAUGAACUUAGUAGGAAGCUUCAAGAAUCAACACAGACUGUCCAAGCUCUGCAGCAUUCAACUCUCGAUGGUCCACUGACAGCAAGCAAAGAUUUAGAAAUAAAGAGCUUAAAAGAAGAAAUUGAGAAAUUAAGGAAACAAGUAAGAGAAUCAAGUCUCUUGGAACAGCAACUUGAAGAAGCUAAUUCUGUGAGGCGAGAACUAGAUGAUGCUUUUAGACAAAUCAAAACUUAUGAAAAGCAAAUCAAAACAUUACAACAAGAAAGGGAAGAUCUAAAUAAGGAACUAGUCCAGGCUAGUGAGCGCUUAAAAAACCAAUCCAAAGAGCUGAAAGAUGCACACUGUCAGAGGAAACUGGCCAUGCAGGAAUUCAUGGAGAUCAAUGAGCGACUAACAGAAUUGCACACCCAAAAACAGAAACUUGCUCGCCAUGUCCGAGAUAAGGAAGAAGAGGUGGACCUGGUGAUGCAAAAAGUUGAAAGCUUAAGGCAAGAACUGCGCAGAACAGAAAGAGCCAAAAAAGAGCUGGAAGUUCACACAGAAGCUGUAGCUGCUGAAGCAUCUAAAGACAGAAAAUUGCGUGAACAGAGUGAGCACUAUUCUAAGCAACUGGAAAAUGAAUUGGAGGGAUUGAAGCAAAAACAAAUCAGUUACUCACCAGGAAUAUGCAGUAUAGAACAUCAGCAAGAGAUAACCAAACUGAAAACUGAUUUGGAAAAGAAAAGUAUCUUUUAUGAAGAAGAAUUAUCUAAAAGAGAAGGUAUUCAUGCAAAUGAAAUUAAAAAUCUGAAGAAAGAACUUCAUGAUUCAGAAGGCCAACAACUUGCUCUCAACAAAGAAAUUAUGAUUUUGAAAGACAAAUUGGAAAAAAACAGGAGAGAGAGUCAAAGUGAAAGGGAAGAAUUUGAAAAUGAAUUCAAGCAACAGUAUGAACGAGAGAAAGUGUUGUUAACUGAAGAAAAUAAAAAACUGACAAGUGAACUUGAUAAGCUUACCACAUUGUAUGAGAACUUAAGUAUUCACAACCAGCAGUUAGAAGAAGAGGUAAAAGAUCUAGCAGAUAAGAAAGAAUCAGUUGCACAUUGGGAAGCCCAAAUCACAGAAAUAAUUCAAUGGGUCAGUGAUGAAAAGGAUGCACGAGGGUAUCUUCAGGCCUUAGCUUCUAAAAUGACUGAAGAAUUGGAAGCACUAAGAAAUUCCAGCUUGGGUACACGAGCAACCGAUAUGCCCUGGAAAAUGCGUCGUUUUGCAAAGCUGGAUAUGUCAGCAAGGCUGGAGUUGCAGUCAGCUUUGGAUGCAGAAAUAAGAGCCAAACAGGCCAUCCAAGAAGAGCUUAAUAAAGUUAAAGCCUCUAACAUCAUAACAGAAUGUAAACUAAAAGAUUCAGAGAAGAAGAACUUGGAACUACUAUCAGAAAUCGAACAACUGCUAAAGGACACUGAAGAGCUUAGAUCUGAAAAGGGUAUAGAGCACCAAGACUCACAGCAUUCUUUCUUGGCAUUUUUGAAUACGCCUACCGAUGCUCUGGAUCAAUUUGAAGAUUCCUUUUCUUCUUCCUCAUCUUCACUGAUUGAUUUUUUGGAUGACCGCUCUCCAUCCUGUACUCCAGCUAGCAAAGGCAGACGUACUGAUCCCGUUGAGAACACAUAUGUACGGAAUCCGAACGUCAAGUUUUACAUCCAGUCAAGGUCCACAUCUCCUUCCACAUCUAGUGAAGCUGAGCCAGUUCAGAUUGCAGACAGUACUCCACUUCCAGUUCACACACCAACCUUAAGGAAAAAGGGAUGCUCUGGUUCAACUGGGUUUCCACCUAAGCGCAAGACUCAUCAGUUUUUUGUCAAAUCUUUUACUACUCCUACAAAAUGUCAUCAGUGUACAUCUUUGAUGGUGGGCUUGAUAAGACAGGGAUGUUCCUGUGAAGCAUGCGGAUUCUCCUGUCAUAUAACUUGUGUAAACAAAGCUCCCACUGCUUGUCCAGUUCCUCCUGAACAGACAAAAGGUCCCCUGGGUAUAGAUCCACAGAAAGGAAUAGGAACAGCUUAUGAAGGUCAUGUUAGGAUCCCUAAGCCAGCAGGAGUGAAGAAAGGAUGGCAAAGAUCAUUGGCUGUAGUUUGUGACUUCAAACUCUUUCUCUAUGAUGUUGCUGAAGGAAAAGCAUCUCAGCCCAGUGUUGUAAUCAGUCAAGUGAUUGACAUGAGGGAUGAAGAAUUUUCUGUGAGUUCAGUCCUGGCUUCUGACGUUAUUCAUGCAAGUCGAAAAGAUAUACCCUGUAUAUUUAGAGUCACAUCUUCCCAGCUCUCAGCAUCUAGUAACAAAUGUUCGAUCCUCAUGCUAGCAGACAGUGAGAAUGAGAAGAGUAAGUGGGUAGGAGUGCUGAGUGAAUUGCACAAGAUUUUGAAGAAAAACAAAUUCAGAGACCGCUCAGUCUAUGUUCCCAAAGAGGCUUAUGACAGCACUCUACCCCUCAUUAAAACCACCCAGGCAGCUGCAAUCAUAGAUCACGAAAGGAUAGCUUUGGGGAAUGAAGAAGGAUUAUUUGUGGUGCAUGUCACGAAAGAUGAAAUUAUUCGAGUUGGUGACAAUAAGAAGAUUCAUCAGAUUGAGCUCAUUCCGAAUGAUCAGCUUGUUGCUGUGAUCUCAGGACGAAAUCGUCAUGUACGACUCUUUCCUAUGUCAGCUUUGGAUGGGCGAGAGACUGAUUUUUAUAAGCUGGCAGAAACUAAAGGGUGUCAAACCAUAACUUCUGGAAAAGUGCACCAUGGAGCUCUUACAUGUCUGUGUGUGGCUAUGAAAAGGCAGGUCCUCUGUUAUGAACUAUUUCAGAGCAAGACCCGUCACAGAAAAUUUAAGGAGAUUCAAGUUCCAUAUAAUGUCCAGUGGAUGGCAAUCUUCAGUGAACAGCUCUGUGUAGGAUUCCAGUCAGGAUUUCUAAGAUACCCCUUGAAUGGAGAAGGAAGCCCAUACAGUAUGCUCCAUUCAAAUGACCACACACUAUCAUUUAUUGCACAUCAGCCAAUGGAUGCCAUCUGCGCGGUCGAGAUCUCCAGUAAAGAAUACCUGCUGUGUUUUAACAGCAUUGGGAUAUACACUGACUGCCAGGGCCGAAGAUCUAGACAGCAGGAACUGAUGUGGCCAGCAAAUCCUUCCUCUUGUUGUUAUAAUGCACCGUAUCUCUCAGUGUAUAGUGAGAAUGCAGUUGAUAUCUUUGAUGUGAACUCCAUGGAAUGGAUUCAGACUCUUCCACUCAAAAAGGUCCGACCUUUAAACAGUGAAGGAUCAUUAAAUCUUUUAGGGCUGGAGACAAUUCGAUUAAUAUAUUUCAAAAAUAAGAUGGCAGAAGGGGAUGAACUGGUAGUUCCUGAAACAUCAGAUAAUAGUCGGAAACAAAUGGUCAGAAAUAUUAACAAUAAGCGGCGUUAUUCUUUUAGAGUCCCAGAAGAGGAAAGAAUGCAACAGAGGAGAGAGAUGCUUCGAGAUCCAGAAAUGAGAAAUAAGUUAAUUUCUAACCCAACUAAUUUUAACCACAUAGCACACAUGGGUCCAGGAGAUGGAAUACAGAUCCUAAAAGACCUGCCCAUGCCAGGUUUCCCUUAUCCAUCCCCUCAUCAUCACUCCGGUCUGAUCUCCUCUCCGAUCAACUUUGAGCACAUCUAUCACAUGACUGUUAAUUCUGCUGAAAAAUUUCUCUCUCCUGAUUCCAUAAACCCUGAAUAUUCCCCGUCUCUUCGUUCUGUCCCCGGUACACCAAGCUUUAUGACUCUGAGGAACCCAAGGCCUCAGGAAAGCCGGGCAGUAUUCAGCGGCUCAGUCAGUAUUCCGUCCAUCACCAAGUCCCGCCCUGAGCCCGGGCGCUCCAUGAGCGCGAGCAGUGGCCUCUCAGCAAGGUCGUCCGCACAGAAUGGCAGUGCGUUGAAGAGGGAGCUCUCUGGAGGAAGCUACAGCGCCAAGCGACAGCCCAUGCCCUCCCCAUCAGAGGGCUCAUUAUCUUCUGGAGGCAUGGACCAGGGAAGCGACGCGCCGGCCAGGGACUAUGACGGAGAGGACUCUGAUUCUCCGAGGCAUUCCACAGCCUCCAACAGCUCCAACCUGAGCAGCCCCCCCAGCCCGGUGUCUCCCCAGAAGACCAAGAGCCUGUCGUUGGAGAGCGCGGAUCGUGGGAGCUGGGAUCCGUGAAUGCUGAGCGCUCAGACCCGCACAGAGCAGCUUCCCUCCCGGCGCCCCCCACCCCACCUCAUCUCUCACGUUCACCUGUCCCUCCACCUCUGCCUGGGGCCCCGGGGCUGGCAGCAGUCGCGGGGCAGGGGCUCGGGGCCUCUGACAACAUGACUCGCGGACCCCACAGCCCCUCAACGUAACAGCUGCAGCCGUCGAGGCAGACGUCAUGAAGCAGCUUAGAUGAAGAUUGACUCCAUUUCAUACACUUAGAGUUGCUUUCCAUAUAUUUUACCCCCCCACCCCCCAGGUAGCGUCAGUCAACAGAUCCCACAGGUGUAAGCGGUAAGAUAAGAUUAGGCUGUUCUCACUGUAGCGUCUCUCAUGCCCGGGGCGAGCGCCGUCCAGCCUCCUGGAGGGGCCCCCCAGCUCUCAAGCAGCACCCACAGUGAAUGUCCACCUCAUCGUCGCCAGUACACCCCACACCCUUAUUAAUUAAAACAGUGCAUAUUUUACUACAAUAUGGAGUUUAAAUAAAUACACAAAUGUAGAGGUUAAAUACUGAAUGUAUAUAGUAAAAAAGAAGCAUCUUGUAUUCAAGGAAAGAGGGAUGCAUAUAUGAGAGAGAGAUGAUUUAAUUUAAAGAAAUGUGUUGUUUCUUGUCUGUUUUCCUGCUAAGUAAUUUAAAGAGUAGGAAGGCCUCAAGCUGACACUUGGAGAGGGAGAGCAGGAGAAAGCAGAGUUCCCUUCAGUGCCGUGUGCUCGGGCCGUCAACGGUCACAGUUACUACCCGGGGCUUUAGGAAAACCUUCAGGGACAGGUUUCGUUGUCAGGAGCGUGAACUGGGCACCAGGCUUGUCACAUUUGAAGCCUUUUCAGUGUCAUCAAAAGGCAAAGUCACCUCCAGCCAAGACAUUUCUUUUUCUAGUAGUAGAAUUUGAACCACGUUCUCAUUUUGUGUUACAUGUUUUUUGGUAGCUCUGCAGAUGAAUGUAGAAUGCAGUUCUGUCACCCUCUGUUCCCGCCCAUCUGAAAGGACACCAGCAGAGUUGUGGCUCCUCAGGCCCAUAAAAUGGUUCAUCAAAGGGCUUCUUUCCUAGGCUAAUGCCUUCCCUCCCCGAGCUGCAGUGAGGUUCUGUCCCCGGCAGACUGGCUUUUGAGGAAGGAGUCUCUUGAGGGAGGGUGUGAGCUUCCUGGAUAAAGCCUGGGGAAAAGUCUUUAAUUACUAAACACGCUAAAACCCCGAAUGCAAGGACUUGAAUAUCCGUAACCAAAUCCUCGCCCAUGUUCAGCCCCCGUCAGAGGCAGGAAGUUAGCCCAGCGCGGCCUGAUGAGCGCGCCCCUCGCUGGCUGCAUUACGUUGUUAGUUACCUUUUCAUUUGACUCCCGCUGUUUUAAUUCCCCCGUGGAAAUGAGAUACAGAACCAGGCCUGAGUCAUUUCACCAGGUGAGCCUGAGCGGAGAAAGAAUUUUUUAAAAAGAGAAAGGGAAUAAAAAUAUCUCAUGAAAGUAAAGAGAAUCUGCCUCUUUCGAUUUUCAUCUAAAUUUUCUGAGAAAUAGAAACAGGGUUUUCUCCUCUCUAAAAUGGAAGCGUUUUCCUGCAGUUGCUGGUGUGAAUCAGCACCAGAGCUGCCUUCUCCCCGCUCCCGGGCCUGCCCUCAGCAGGUGAGCCGGGCCCAGACUCCGUCUUCUGGGGCGAACGUGCUGACAGGCAGCGAGGGCAGAACGGACCUUGCCUGGGGAUCAUGUGGCAAAAGGUCUUCAGUAUUUAAAUAUUCUGCACUCAGGGUACUUGCUCAGAUUUGAUUGUGUUUGAACACUUUGGGUGGGCAUAGUUGCUGCACAAUUCGGACCUAAGCCUUUUUGGAAAAGAAGCGUCACGUAAGAUUCCUUUCGUGCGUGCAGAUACCGAGGGUGGGCCUUGACCGCUGCUAGUGCCCUGUGAUGCUGGCAACUCCUUACAUGUGGGGCCUGUCGAAGAGCCAGUCAGCCAGCGCCCCUGAGUCUGUGACCAACCCCGCCUCCCCCGCUCCUGCUCCUGCCUCCCCUCCCCUCCCCUCCCUUCUGGUCCCAGGCGGAGAGAAGGCCACGCCAGGUGAGGCUCACAGGACGCUUCACUCGUAGAGUGUAGCUUCGACAGCCAAGUAUGGAUUUCUGUCGCCCAUAGGUGCUUAUCUUGAAAAGGUUGCUUUUAGGCAGAAGAUGUAGCCAGCUGAAGCCUGGGCUCCACAGCGGUGCGCCAGCCUCCCUGCAGCGCAGAGGGAGGGACAAGCAACGCGGCCUGGCCGCCACCCUGAUCCGGCGGCUUGUACCUCAGCGCUUUCUGGCAUCUCCCCACAAUCUCAAGUGGUCUUACCAGUCCUCGCGCGGCAGUCCCAAAUGUGGUUCGAUUCUAUCAGCAGGACUUGGGGGAGAAAUGCUGCCGAGGGCAAUACUUGAGGGGGUAGUUUUCCCACAGUGAUGACCAUCCAGGGCUUACCUUUAAAUAUGAAGCCAGUUACCUUCAGAAGCUUCUGAGAAAAAUGAUUUGAAAGACAGGGAACGGGUUCCAGGGAAGCAGGAAACAUCCUCACCUGUUGAAGGGGUCGUGACUAUCACAAAAAAGGCAAAUUGCUGUGGGGAGUCUCUCUCUGUUCUGUACAGGACACAGCAGGGGCCCAUUCUCGGUAGACAAGAAAAACAGGUGACGAGGCCUUUCUGGCAUCGUCCGUCUGUGUUGGUAUUUGGUGCUAUCUAUGUCCAGCCAAUUUCUGUCUAGCCCUAAAUUCUGAUUUCCUCUAGUCAUGUGCUUUGGGGAGCUAAAAUAAUAUUUCAUUUUGCCAAAAAACAAGCCUGCCUUCUGGUCAAAUGAUUACUAAAGCCGAUUUUAUUUCUUCAAUUAUGUGUGUGCAGGUGUACACGUGCACACGCGCGCACACACAGUGAUUUGUGUUCUUUACCAGGGAGCAGUUUUAAGGCUAUGAGCUCCAAUUAAAAAGGGCCAGGCCAAGUUGCCGGCCACAACCUGUCAUCCCCCGGCUGACUCAGCCUCUCUACCUUCCGUGUUAAGGCCCCACGCCACCGGGUGACACGGUGGCUGCCUCUGCUGUGAAAGGCCGGCUGCACUUACCUGGACUCAGGUAUCAUUACAGAAAUGUCAGAGCAGGGGUGGCUGAACAGCCCCGGCCCCCGGAGACAACAGGGCCAGUUGCCAGCCUCUGACAGUGACAACAGCGGUCUCUCCCCUGACAGGGCCGGGUAAAGCCCACCAUCCUUUCUGAACAGAGGGGCGCGCUCAGCUGUGGCCGGACUUGGCCCUGUCCUCGUCCACUAGGCACAAACAGGAAGUCACCCCCCCACUCCCUGGCCCAGCCCCUGAAUUUGAUACGCCACAUGGCAUUUCACGGAGUCUACCUUAGAACCUGUUUCCUCGUUAUGACCAUAAUUAUCAUUCAAGUUCAGAGUUUUCUUCAGUCCAGCGACAUGAGGGCCUUGCUUCCGCUGCAGCUCUGUCUCCGAUCCCAGCACUGAUCUGCAGGCCGGACACCACUUUUCCUUCCCAGGGACAACCAUUACACACAAGAAACCUUUUCAUUUAUGGGGGAAAUUGACUAAAGCAAAUCAACCUUGAAGUUUCAUGAAAACAAAAUCACCUGCUUUUCAUUUGAUAGUGUGAUAUUUUAUUUUAUAAAUUUUUUAGGGUUUUUUUUCUCAUUGUAAUAUUGUACAGUUUUGCAUGGCCUAGGUGUAAUCAUUUUUUUUUGUUUAGAAUAUAAUGCUGACACACGUGUGUGUGGAAGAGGAAAAGAUACUGCUUUGGCCUCUUAUCACUCCUUAUUUCAUUUUGUUUGGUUUAUGCCCUCUGUGUUUUAGGGAACUUUAUAAAAGAUUCUCUGCUACCAAACAACGAUGUGGAUUCUUUUGCACAGAAAUAUUUAAGGUGGGAUAGUCAAAAAUAUAACAAGACUCCUCGCCAAUGUUUUAUGUUGGUAUCACUUAAUAUUAACCAGACUUUGAUGUAUUGCAAUAAAACAGGGGACUGUUAGAAUUG